AUGCCGAAGUUUCAGAAGAUGUGGCGUGAAGAUGGUGUGGACAAGCCGGAUGGUAUGGGCAAGCAGGAUGUUGUGGACAAGCAGGGUGGUGUGGACAAGCAGGGUGGUGUGGACAAGCAGGGUGGUGUGGGCAAGCCGGAUGACAUAGUCAAGCCGGAUGGUAUGGGCAAGCAGGGUGGUGUGGACAAGCAGGGUGGUGUGGAAAAGCAGGGUGGUGUGGGCAAGCCGGAUGACAUAGUCAAGCCGGAUGGUAUGGGCAAGCAGGAUGGUGUGGGCAAGCAGGGUGGUGUGGGCAAGCCGGAUGAUAUUGGCAGGGGAUGGUAUGAGCAGGCGAUGAUAUGGGCAGGCAAGAUGGAAAUUGUAGGGAUUACACCUUAA